AUAGGAGGACGGACUUUUCAUUUGACCUCGUGCUGCCCCGGAAGUUCUCCACUUGAAUCAUACCGCUGUUAUUUUUCUGCGGUGGUUGCUGCGUUGCACAGGCUAAAUUAACUAAGUAUCAGCUAGUUCGUCCGACUUGCUGCUUCGUUUCAUAUCGGUUUUUUCUUUUGGUUGUCUUGUGUGGAUUUUAAAGUGGCCUAAUAUGUCCCGGAGACGACACAGCGACGAGAAUGACGGAGGUCAAGCUCACAAGAGGAGGAGAACUUCUGAACCUAUUGAGAUUGAAGAUCGUCUGGAAUCCCUGAUAUGUCGUGUUGGGGAGAAAAGUACAUCAUCCCUCGAGAGCAACUUGGAGGGCCUUGCGGGCGUCUUAGAGGCAGAUCUUCCAAACUACAAAAACAAAAUUCUGCGUAUUUUAUGUUCUGUCGCCCGCCUGCUACCUGAGAAGCUUACCGUCUACACAACCUUGGUCGGCCUUCUCAACGCCAGGAACUACAACUUUGGAGGCGAGUUUGUGGAGGCCAUGAUCAGACAGCUGAAGGAGACCCUGAAAAACAACUUGUACAAUGAAGCUGUUUACCUGGUGCGUUUUCUGUCUGACUUGGUCAACUGUCACGUGAUUGCUGCUCCUUCUAUGGUGGCCAUGUUUGAAAACUUUGUGAGUGUUACUCAGGAGGAGGAUGUCCCACAGGUUCGGUCUGACUGGUUUGUGUACGUUGUUCUGUCCUGUCUGCCCUGGGUUGGUAAGGAGCUUUAUGAGAAGAAGGACGUUGAGAUGGACCGACUACUCAGCCAGAUCGAAGGCUACCUCAAGAGAAGAGUCAAGACUCAUGUUCCCAUGCUGCAGGUUUGGACUGCAGAGAAACCCCACCCACAAGAAGAGUACUUGGACUGCCUUUGGGCUCAGGUCCAGAAGCUGAAGAAGGACCGCUGGCAGGAGCGCCACAUCCUUCGUCCGUACAUCGCCUUUGACAGUGUCCUCUGUGAGGCCCUGCAGCACAACCUCCCCCCCUUCACUCCACCAGGCCACAUGCCUGACGCCCAGUACCCGAUGCCCCGCGUCAUCUUCAGGAUGUUUGACUACACUGAUGCCCCAGAGGGGCCCGUCAUGCCCGGCAGCCAUUCUGUGGAGAGGUAUGUCAUAGAAGAAAACCUGCAGUGUAUUAUCAAAACCCACUGGAAGGAGAGGAAAACAUGCGCUGCCCAGUUACUCAGUUAUCCAGGAAAAAACAAGAUCCCUCUCAACUAUCACAUUGUGGAGGUGAUUUUUGGAGAGCUUUUCCAGCUGCCUUUGCCUCCUCACAUAGACGUCAUGUACACCACGCUGCUGAUCGAACUCUGCAAACUUCAGCCGGGGUCGCUGCCCCAAGUCUUGGCUCAGGCCACAGAGAUGCUCUACAUGAGACUGGACACCAUGAACACCACCUGUAUAGACAGAUUUAUCAACUGGUUUUCUCAUCAUUUGAGCAACUUCCAGUUUCGAUGGAGCUGGGAUGACUGGUCCGACUGCUUGACCCAGGAUCUGGAGAUGCCUAAGCCCAAGUUUGUCAAAGAGGUUCUGGAGAAGAGCAUGAGACUUUCCUACCACCAGAGGAUAGUGGACAUCGUCCCUGCAACUUUCUCAGCUCUCAUUCCCGCUGAACCCCUUUUUUCUUAUAAGUACGAGGAUGAGAGUUCUGCUUCGUUACCAGGUUACCCCGUCUCCAUCACCGUUGGAAAUGCCAUCAAGAACCGAGCGUCCAAUGAGGAAAUCCUCGCCAUUCUCAAGGAAGUCCCCAACCCAAAUCAGGAAGACGACGACGAUGAGGGGGAGAGCUUCAACCCUCUGAAGAUCGAUGUGUUCCUGCAGACCCUUCUCCACCUGGCAGCUAAGUCCUUCAGCCACUCCUUCAGCGCCCUCGGCAAGUUCCAUGAGAUUCUUAAAACUCUGACCGACAGUGACGACGGGAAGCUUCACAUCCUUAAAGUGGUGUAUGAAGUUUGGAGGAACCACCCACAGAUGAUCGCCGUGUUGGUGGAUAAAAUGAUCCGGACCCAGAUCGUGGACUGUGCUGCCGUCGCUAACUGGCUCUUCUCUCAGGACAUGGCCCAUGAGUUCACCAGACUUUUCAUCUGGGAGAUUCUGCACUCAACAAUUCGAAAGAUGAACAAACACGUACAGAAGAUCCAGAAGGAGCUUGAGGAGGCUAAAGACAAAUUAGAGAAGCAGCAACACAAGAGGAGGGACAGUGGUGAUGACGAGGACAUGGAGAAGAACAGCGAGGACGAGGAGGGUCAGCUGGAGGAGCAAAUUGAGAGGCUGCAGGAGAAGGUGGAGUCGGCUCAAAGCGAACAGAAAAACCUCUUCCUCGUCAUCUUCCAGCGUUUCAUCAUGUUGUUGACUGAACAUCUGGUUCGCUGUGAGACGGGCAGUGUGGACAUCACCACACCAUGGUACAAAAACUGCAUUGAGCGGCUGCAGCAGGUCUUCCUCAUGCACCACGGCACCAUCCAGCAGUAUAUGGGGACUCUGGAGAACCUGCUGUUCACCGCUGAGCUGGACCACCACAUCCUGGCCGUCUACCAGCAGUUCUGCGCCCUGCAGCUCUGAAAAAAACCAUCAAUCUGAUGAAAUCCUCAUGUUCACGCAGAUUAUGUGGUAAACGUUAGAAACGGCCAGCUCUUGCAUCAAGAAUCUCCUCAUCACAGCUUAAGUUUUUUAUUAUCUAACUGUCUUGUGUUCGGUGCCAAUGAUGUUCGCCACGACUGGAGACGUAUUUCAGAAUAAGAACUCAAACAAGAAUCCUUUUAGUAACUGUAAUGGUCCCUCUUAUUUUAUUUUGUUGUGAUGCUUUUGACUUUAGUUGACUUUUCCCUCCUGCUCAUGUUCUUCUGAAUGGAUAUUUUUCAAACUGUGUCCAGACGGAGCUGGAGAAAUGUUCAUAGGAAAGCAGCGCUCUACUUUUUCUAUUUGUUUUAUGUGGAAUGGGGAAGAAAUUAAAACCCUAAGGAGUCUUUA